GAGUUGGGAUACGUACUACAGCAUAGUAGCGGUUGGCGCAAUGGUACGAUUUUGGAGAACACGCACCAAGUAGGCGGGCAUGUUUGUACUUGGACGGAAGAUGGCAAACGCACGAAGAUAUACAACAAAAUAGUCUCCAACUUCGAAGCCGGAGAGGUCCAAAACCCAGUAGGUGCAAAGCUAGCCGAGUAUGUAGACUGUCCAAACGAGCAUCUUAGGAAGACAUUCCUGCACCCAGACGUGCAAGCGAGAGGAUGCACAAGGGUAGAAAUAUCCAUCUACGGCAAAGGCUUCUCCACAUCCCACACCAAUGCCAUCUCAGAAACAAUAGAACCCCUACAGGACAUAUUCGUAGUGCAGCCACCCAAGAACAUGUGGCUUGCCCUUGCAAAGUGCUUGGAUAGGUGUCUUUGCAUUUGCUGCGAGGAGACAAAAGAAAUAUUCCUUGCGUGGUACUGCAAUUUGGCAACUGGACGCAUAGCUGGCGUACGAGUGCGUGGCAACGAGAAGUGGGAAGAGUGCAUACUUUGGACCAUAGCAGAGUUUGGUUUUCGUAGGUGCCCCAUCUUUCGUGUCGAUGUGCUUGGGAUGGAACCCGUGGAGAUAGCUCCUCUGCGGUGCUACACAAAAGACUCUCCUACGAUAUUGGCAGAGUCCAAUAUGCCUACGCGCGUGCACAAAGAUCCRCCUACGAUCGCAGAGAUGCUGCCCACCACAGAGCACGUAGAAUGGAUAUGGCGCACCAAGAAGGCGCAAAGGCUAGGAGUGGAAAAGAGUCCCUUUGGCAUACUGGAAGUACCCAGCGACCGUCGGAUAUCCUUCCUGUCCAAGAAAAGACGCAUGCUACUGUUGGAGGACAUAGCAGAUAGCCUGGAAGGCGACGAGUGGGUAGAGGCUACGAAGAUAUACCAUUCCGAGCUACUGGAAAGAAAGAACAACAUCCUGCAAAAGAAGGAAGAGGACAGGAAGGCCUUGGAAGAAGCAUUGGCAAAGCAUAGGAAAGUCGUAGAAAGAAUGGAAAGAAGAACAGACAAUCUGCGGAAGUUGUUCUUUGGCGAGGAAGGCCCCGAGUUCUACCUAGGAGAUUCCGCGCCGCGCAGGGCCAAGGUGCACAGAAUGCAAGAAAUACCUCCAGGAGACUACAAGAUACUGGGAUACAUAGUACCAAGGCAAAUAGAUCCUACUUGGCCAGCAAGAGGACACCGCGUAGCAUUGCGAAAAGGCAGAGAGACCUGCAUUGCAUGGGCUACGGAAGCAAUCCUAGAGGCCUGCAAAGCCGGAAAGUUCGAAAAACAGUACAAAAUACACACCGCCAUACCCCAGGAAGAGGUAUUGGUAGAAUGRCACAAYGGUGUUGCCACUGYCUUCGUACCCGAAGGACCGGGGUUGGAUACGUACCACGAGUUGGUUUCCAAACUACGUACUAGCGUAUCCAAAUAUCCCGGUAGGCUGCUACAAGUAGAUGCACCACCCAACAAGGAGUGUGUGCAGGCCUUGCAUAUGCAGGAAGGCGAAUACCAAUGCUGGCAAUAUGCAAAGACUUCGUAUAGAAAGAAGGAAAGGACAAUCCUGUUCCUGUCGGAGAAGUGCCCAGAGUGCGUAUUGGAGGGCUGCACCGCCGAGCAUACUACUACCCCUGUUUGGGGCCACUUCCUAGAAAAAGAAGCACAAAAGAUAGGCUGGGAGAAUGCCCCGCCAUUGUAUUGCAAGAUAGGCAGGGAAAAGACUACUGCUAGCAAAAGAAAGGAUAGAAUA